AUGGCUCUCAUCCACGUAUUCGACCAUCUCCUCGCCCGUGCAGCAUGGCCUGACCCCGCCCCGCGCACAUAUCUCUCGAGCGCUGGAGAUGCAUGCCGGAGAAGAGCUGCGGGCAGUGACGUCGAAGACGCGUACCAUCCGUCACGCUGGCUUGAGCUGCUAGAGGUCGUACUAUUUACUGUAUAUGAUUCAAUGGGGGCUCUUCUGCUGGAGAGGGAACAAUAG